AUGGCGCGCAACCCCAAACCCAAAGCCGCCGCCGCGCAGCCCAAGCGCCGCAAAAAGGGCAGUGGCCUCGGCACCACCGGCAACAGCAGUCCCGCGCUGUCGGCUACGUCGUCGUCGGGCAGCUCGUUGACGACGCCGGGCGGCCCCCCGCGCGAGUGCGAGCAGUGCGGCAACAACGCGCUGCUCGAAGGCGUCGCCCGAGCGUCGGCGUCGGCGGUCAAGAGCAAGAGCGCCGCGUCCACGGGCUGCCAAAUCUGCGACUUCGUCGCCUUCCGCCGCUCGCAACGGCCCUGUGUCCAGUGCGCGCGCACGGGCUGCGACCACUUUUGCGAGUGGUGCGGCAAGGGCUUCCACGCCAAGUGCGCGCGCUUGCGGGACGAAGACGUGGGCAAUGUGAGCGGCUUUUGCUGCCGCAAGUGCGAGGCCGAGCAGAGCGUGGAGAGCCACGUGAUGGCACUGGGUGCAGGUGACAAGGGCGGCGAUAACGGAGCGGGACCAGUGGGCGCAGACGACGAGGACGUGGGGUCGCGCUGCGGGAGCUGUCGCCUGCCGUUCGCCAUGACGGGCCGAGAGUGCGAGGACGGGAAGACAGGGUUCAAGGUGAACCAGGCCGUGCUCGUGGACAACGACGAGGUGCUGUACAACGCUGUGAUCACGGAAGUCGACGCGCCGGGCGAGCGCAUUAAGAUCCACUUUACGCGCUGGAGCAAGUCGUUUGACGAUUGGUACGCGAUGGAGGACGAGCACAUUAACGAGAGCCUGGCGUGCGACUGCUGCAACAACUGGUUCCACAUUGGCUGCCUGCCGCCCAUCAAGAGCUCUGGACGGUGGAAAGACUCGACGUACGUCUGUCCGCGCUGUAUUGACGACGCGCGGGCGUUCCAUAACGACAGUCGAGCAGCGCUCAAGACAAAAGCCGCGUACGCAGCUUCUGCCACGAGCUCGUUGACCGCGAAAGCUGUGAAGAAAGUGACGACACCGAAAGAGAGUGAAGCAGGGGAGACAACGACAGCCAAGGUUGGGAAAGCGAGCGGCGUCGUCGAGGACAAUGGAUUGGUCGCGAGAGAGAAGAAGAAUAGCAGUCAAAGCGAGAAACGAGUGGAAUCGAGUCGAGUUUUGAAGGGGCCGACGAAAAAGAAGCGCAAGUUGUCGGAAGUGGCGAAUGCGCCAGUGAAGGCGCGAUCAGCUGAGAGCGCGAGUCAACGAGCUGCGAAGAGCGCUAUGAGUGCUCUGUCCGAAUCAACCGCCGUGAUGCCGGUGCGACCGAAAGAGUUCGUGCCAGGCGAGGCUAUAUUGAAGAUCUCGUUGGCGCCCUCAGAAGCAAGAGCAGAGGAGGUGGAUGAACCUGCCAUGUCGACGGGUGCAAGUACGCAGGAGAACGCGAAGACGUCGACGGUAUCUGCCAUUAAAGCGAAUGCUGCUGCGUUGGUGCAUGCUUCGGUAACGAUGCACGCGUCUCCACAGCGCACGAUCAAGGUGGCGACUGAGGCGCACAGCUCGCCUAAUAAAGCUGCAGCCGCUAAGGUUGAUGCAAGCAACGAGCCAGCGGUGGGCGAGCCAAGCUCAGACAAGCGCGAGCAAAAGUUGACCACAUCUGAGCCUUCUGCACCGGAGCAGUCGAAGUGGCAAUCGUCGAGCAACACGGUGAUGUCGCUUUUGAACAGUCCGUUAUCGAGCGGGACACCUACAAAGGCGUUCAAGCCCACUGUAACUUCGCUGCCCAUGCUGAACUCGGUAGACAAUCAAAACGAGGUACUCACCGCGUCGUCGAACCCAGUCAUGGCGAUGCCAGCCAACUUCCAGGUGUACGUGAAGAUGGAGCCAAACCACGGACAUUUCUCGUUGUACCCGCGUCCGGUGCCGAACGGCAAGUCUGUCCAAGCAAGUCGGAAAGAGGCACCAGCUGCAUUGACGAAAGCAAUGAAAGCAGGAACCGCACGACAAACAAAGCAGUGCCAACCAGAUGCUGCAGGCCUCAGCGCAUUCGACAUUCUUCGAGAAGUGGCAUCGCAGGAGAUUGACGAAGGUGCCGCUUUCGUAAAGCUGAAGCGUGAGAAACGUCUCCUGGGUCGAGGUAUCGGCAUCAGUACCAGCAAGCGUGCGAAACUGGAUGCGUCCACGUGUUUGUCGAGCGCUGCAGCAUCGCCUGGAUGUACAGUGUCACCUGGGGUAUUUGGUGCUCCCACAGCCUCAGACACGAACCAGUCACCGCAGACUCGCGACCGCAUCCAAAUGAACUCAUUUGUGGACCUGCACUUCAGCAUUCGCAAGGAAAUGUACCUUCGUUUUUGCCGUCUGGAAGAGGAAGGGAUGCUGACGCGAGACUCUGCGCAUGUGCUGCGCUCGCUGAUCUACCCGACGUCGGAGAGAUUCCAAGAUCUCAAGUUUGUGUACCUCGUGAACAAAGACGUACCGUCGGUGCAGCUCACGAAACGACUGUUGGAAGCAGUGCCGUAUCCCCCGGCAGGGUCGAAAGCAAUCGCCACGACCAUUCCUCACGCUUCUUCUACCACCGCCAUGAGGUCUCCACGUGGUGCAAAGGGUCCUGGUAGACUGCCAAUGUCGAUGAAGAUGUUUCCUGGUGGUUUGAGCUGCAACCCGUCAUCUACCGGCACGCCGCACAUGGGUCUACUCCCUCCGCCUCCAGGCUCUACGUUCCUGAGACUGAAGCCUCCACGAUCUGACGACAGCAGCGUUUCUUCACGACUUGCGUCCGGAAGUGCUAUCGUACGUCAAUCACAAUCACCGCGAUCGAGCGCGGGUCCUGAGUCCGUCUCAGUCAGUACGGCGAAGCGAUCUGAAAUGAUGAUGAUGGAGCACCUCGCCCCAACGACGCGCCGCCCUGUGACAGGGCCGGAGGCUGCACCAAGCCAGCAGCAGCAACAACAGCAGCGACUGUUGAAUUCACGGUGA